AUGCAUCAGGUGUUUGCCCUGUCUGCCGAAGACCACCAAGAAAUUCAGCACUGCGGGGAAGAGGUGAGACGGCCCUGCGGUGUCGUGUUCAAAGGACGAAGGAACUCAUCGAUUGAACGUUGGAAACCUGCCAACCGCACUUUGCUUGUGAGGCUGCAAAUCAAAGAUGCAAAAUGGGAUGAUCAGAUGCUGCAGGUAAUCAGUGAAAAUCACAGUGUCCCUCUUGGUCAGCCCUCCGCUGAAUACGCCCAGUGGGACCCUAGGGAGACAGGAGACAUGUCUGCUAUCCAGAGGGUGAAGCCAGGAAUGUCAGUUGCUGAUUUGAGAGGUUUCCAUUUAAUUAAGCAGCUGAGAGGCAUGAGUGUGGUGUUAGUGCUACUUCCUAUGGUGCUGUUUGUUGUGCUUGCGGGGGCUCAGCGAGCUUGCCCCAAGAACUGCAGAUGCGAUGGCAAGAUUGUGUACUGCGAAUCUCAUGCAUUCAGAGACAUCCCUCAGAAUAUUUCUGGCGGGUCUCAAGGCUUAUCGUUACGGUACAACAGCAUUCAGAAGCUUAAAUCAAAUCAGUUUGCGGGCCUGAAUCAGCUCAUAUGGCUUUAUCUUGACCAUAAUUACAUCAGCUCCGUGGAUGAGGAUGCAUUUCAGGGGAUCCGCAGGCUGAAGGAAUUAAUUCUAAGCUCCAACAAAAUUACCCAUCUGCACAACAAAACAUUUCACCCAGUCCCCAACCUCCGCAAUCUGGACCUCUCUUACAACAAGUUGCAGGUGUUGCAGUCUGAGCAGUUCAAGGGCCUUCGUAAACUCUUGAUCUUGCAUUUGCGCUCUAACUCGCUGAAAACUGUGCCGAUCCGAGUUUUCCAAGACUGCCGAAACCUUGACUUUCUGGAUUUGGGCUACAACCGCCUACGGAGCUUAUCCCGUAAUGCUUUUGCUGGCCUUUUGAAGCUGACAGAGCUCCACUUGGAGCACAACCAGUUUUCUAAGAUCAAUUUUGCCCACUUUCCACGCCUCUUCAACCUUCGCUCGAUUUAUUUGCAGUGGAAUAGGAUCCGGUCUAUUAGCCAAGGGUUAACGUGGACUUGGAGUUCCUUGCACAACUUGGAUUUAUCAGGAAAUGACAUUACAGGGAUAGAGCCUGGGACCUUCCAGUGCCUCCCCAACCUGCAAAAGCUGAACCUGGAUUCCAACAAACUCACCAACAUCUCUCAGGAGACCAUCAAUACGUGGAUCUCACUCAUCUCCAUCACUCUGUCUGGAAAUAUGUGGGAAUGUACUCGAAGCAUUUGCCCUCUGUUUACUUGGCUUAAGAAUUUCAAGGGAAAUAAAGAAAGCACUAUGAUAUGUGCAGGCCCUAAACAUAUCCAGGGUGAAAAAGUGAGCGAUGCUGUGGAAACAUAUAAUAUCUGUGCUGAAAUCCAGGUAGUGGUUACUGAAAGGUCCUACCAGGCACCCAAAACCCCCCCGAGACCUGUCUUCAUUCCUAAACCUACCAUUUCCAAACUUGAAAGCAGUCAGCCAACGUCUGUUAUGCCAAGCCCUUCUGCAGACCUCCCAACACCUGGGGUGGAACCAGAGUACGAGCAUGUUUCCUUUCACAAAAUCAUCGCUGGGAGCGUGGCCCUCUUUCUUUCCGUGGCCAUGAUUUUGUUGGUUAUCUACGUGUCGUGGAAGCGCUAUCCAGCCAGCAUGAAACAGCUCCAGCAGCAUUCUCUCAUGAAGAGGCGCAGGAAAAAGGCCCGAGAGUCUGAAAGGCAAAUGAACGCCCCUUUACAGGAGUAUUACGUGGACUACAAGCCAACAAACUCUGAGACCAUGGAUGUAUCGGUUAAUGGAUCUGGGCCCUGCACGUAUACCAUCUCUGGCUCCAGGGAAUGCGAGGUAUGA